CGCACUCGGGGGCCGCGCCGGGUAGCGUUUCUUUCUAGUGCCCGGGGCAGCUCUGGCUCGGGGAGCCCUCAGCUAGCUCCACGGGGACCUCUGUGCACGGAUGGACCCGCCCGGACACGGCGGGAAGCGGCCUGGCAGGCGGCGGCCCCGGCGGCGUCAGCAGAGGCAGUACAGGCCCGAGGCCGCGGGCCCCUGAGGCGCGCGGGCCCACCGGGCCGGGCGGCGGCACCAUGAUGCCGGGCGAGACCCACUCGGCGGCUCCCGGGACGGCGGCGGACCUCUCGCGGUGUCAGGGCUGCGCCUCCCUGCAGCAGAAUUUAAAUGAAUAUGUUGAAGCAUUAAUUGCCUUGAAGCAAAAAAUUAUUAAUACAGACAAUUUGUUAACAGAGUAUCAGAAGAAAUGUGAUGAGCUGCAGUUUGCCAGAAGGGAAAACAGCACUCUACAUCAGCAGGUGGAACAGAUGCUUCAGAGAAUCUCGCCUCUGCAGAGAUGUCAGGAAGAGCUGGGAUCUUUAAAGGCGGAGCUGGAGGAGAAAAAGAGUUCUCUAAAGUUGUAUCAGGAUACUCAUCAGGAAUAUGCCCGUGUAAAGGAAGAAUGCUUGAAAACUGAUGCUCAGAAGAAGAAACUAGAGGCCAAGGUGAAGAAGCUGGAAGAGGCUGCCAUGAAGCAAAUUCAGGACUUCAAGCAACUGAGGAAUGAAAAGAAAGUACUUGAAAAGGAAUUUAAGAAGACACAGGAAAGGCUUGAUGAAUUUUCUAAACAGAAAAAUGAGAAGGAGUUGAGACAUAUUGGAACACAAAUUUCAAGUGAUUCUUACGGAAGCAUAGAUAAAAGGAAAGUAAAACUGCUUCUGAAGGAACUCUGGCUCUGCAUAAACACGACACACAGAGUACCUGGUGAAGGCAGCAGAUGUGUCGCAGAAAGGCCUGUCCAAGAAGAACCCCGACCCAGCCAGCCCAGGGAGGCUGGGGUGCCGGCUGCGGGAGGACGCGGCCCCCUGAAAGCCUCGGCCGUGCAGACAUGCCUGGCGGAGCUGUCCAUGGAGAUCGAGGGCGACUUCUCUGCAUGCGAGAGUGUGGGAGGAGAGGGGCCCUCCGCAGGGGCUCCCCGGGACGAGCACUGGCAUCGCGGGGUUUUAACAAAGCACGGGCACAGUUCUGCCUUCUCCGACCACGACCACCUUUUUGAUGAGGACCUUCAGGCCGCCGUGGACUUCUUCAAACUGCCCCCGCCUCUCCUGUCGCCUGUGCCAUCUCCCCCUCUGGGGUCGCCCCUGGGCACACUGCCGUCUGCGCUGGCACCCGAGACCUACUUUGGAGAGUACGCGGAUUCCAGUGACGAUGACUCGGCCCAGCACAGAAACUCUGCUGAGUCUGUCUCAGAAGCUGAGGCACCAGAUGCGCAGGACUGUCCGGGGUCCUCCAGAAAAACGAAAGGACAUGGCUCAUGGGCCAGAAAGCUCAGAUCACGUGAAGCCGUCCGGGUUCCAAAUGCGUCGGAAGUAAACGAAGUGACAGCUGUGGGGUUUGGGACAUUGACAACAACACUAAGGGAACCUCCAGCCACGUACUCCUUGGCUCGUGAGAAACACUGGACAGUGUCACCUCCACUCACAAGCGAUAGACACAGAGGCAUGGUAGACGAGGCUGAACAACAGCGAGAGGGCAGGGAGACGGAUAAGUCAGUGCAGACCGAGGGCGUGCUUCAUAAACCCAUCGGGAGGGCGCGGGUUGAAAAGGUGUCUGGCAGCCUCGCCCAGGAGCAGGAAGCGGCCCUCAGGAAGUCAGACCUGCGUUCUUGCCCCCUUGGCCAGAGGCCAUUAAAUGAACUCGUGGGCUCUGAAGGAAAAACCCUGUUAUCUAAAAUGGUGGGAUCACCCAAAUCAGACUUUACUCAGUGGAUACCAACGAAUGAAGUCACUUCUGAAUCGGACCGUGCCUCCGUUUCUGACCAUCUUCGGGGAAUAGCCAGAGAACCGGAAAAGGAGAGAGGACCUAUGCAAGGGUUCGUGCUGGGACAGUCACCUGAGCCGGAAGAAGACGCAGGUGACGUCAUGGAUACGACAGGGUGUGAUGUCGGCGUCAGGUUUCCUUCCUGUACCUCGGGAGCGCCGUCUGCCUACCGUCAUCCUCAGUGUGGUGACGAGACACAUGUUUCCGCCGAAGUGUGUCAUUCAGAGCAAAAGUUACAGGCCGGAACUUCAAACACAGCGAGUCUGCAGCCUGAGCCACCAGCGUGUUCUAUAGGAGAAGACGCGCCAGGGAGCAGCGCCUGGGCUUUGUGCCCCGAAUUUCACGGGCCGAGUAGCAGUGAGGUGGAAUGUGCAGAAGCUGUGAAAGGCGCGGCCCAGGUGUGCACACUCCCUCCGUCAGUGUUUGCGAAGGCCGCGAAAGGUGGGCAGGGUGAAGGCCAAGGUCUGCAAGUGGGGCUCACGCCGAGUCAGUCAGAUUUCACACCACUAGUGGAGUCUCAGUCCGGCUUGAUCAAGCAUGUUUUUGGCUUUGUCAGAAGCACUUCCUGGCACCAUAGUGAUCUUUUGAGGAGAGGCAGUGAAGAAAGGCUGAGAGCUAAGUCAGAACAUGAACAAGAGACCCAUCAUCAGUUACAAAAGGCAUUGGUCCCCUUGGAAACCAGGGGGUCAGCGUCCAAGCCCGAGCUCGCUAGAGAAAGUGCCGGUGCUGUGCGGCUCGGGGCUGUUGCCUCCUUGCUGCCGAACCAAGUGUCAGUGAUCACCAAGCAGGCCAGACCGGAGAGGACGCACGGUGCUCCGUCCGAGCCCUUGAUCCUGCCCACGAGCGAGCCUGCCUCGGCGACAGAAGUCAGUACCGGGACUGGAUACGUGUCAUCUGGAGCGAGAUGUGGGGAGGGAGAGGACGCAGCGCAGGAAGUCCAGGAGGCGGGUCCUCUGGAAAGGGCCGCACCAGGCGUCUCCCCUUCUUGGAGGAAACUCGAGCUGGAGUUUCCAGGUGGUUCUUCAUCAGUAGAAAAUUCUCAUCCCACAAAUAGCAAAUUACCUUUCUUUUCUGAAAACUGCCCCGUCCCAAACCAAGACGUCGUGACGGAGCCCGCAGUGCAGGAAGAGAUGCAGAAGCAGAGGCCGCGUCCGAAUGCCACAAACCCGGACUCGUCCGGGAUGGAUGGAGACCAGUGUCCGGCCGCAGGAAUGGCAGCGUCGGAAGGCUGUCCCGCUGAAGACGCGCCCUGUGGAGGCAGAGCGGGGCCUGGUGGGGAAGGCGCGGCCCUUGCCGAGGACAGUCCCCGUGUGCGGCAGAGCCCAGAGCGGCCCGAGCAGCUGCUGUCGCCGAGUCCUGGCGGUGUGCGCUGUGAAAGCCCAGGCCCCACAGCCGCUGCCUUUCCUUCAGCGACUGGCAGGAAACAUGACGACACCCAUGCUGUCCCCCAAGGGAGCCUCUCUCGCCCUCUGUACUGUUACACAGGCAUCCGGGAGGCAGGAGGCGGCGACACGGAGGGGGACAGCGAGGCCCCUAGCUGCAGUGAGGGUGAAAACGAGGCUGAAGCCGUGCCAGGGAGUGCUGCCCAGGCGCCCAGGACAGACUUCGAAGCUGCGGGUGCCGGUGCCGCUGAGCCCAGACCUGCCACCGAGCUGGGCUGCCUGACCUCGGCUCUGCGGGACUGCAACAUCAGCACCCUCCCUGAGACGGACGGACUGUCCACGUCGGAGGUGGUGCAGUUUCUUGAGAGUUGUCAGUUGAGAGAUUAUAGUUCAGGGGACUCUGUUUCAGAAUGUUCUAGCAAAGAAACCCUAAACAAAGAUAUGAACGGAGAGUUAAAGCAAAGUGGAAAAACAGGAGCAAAAUGCAGGAAGCAACUCGGUGAACAGGAAGCGCUGGAAACCUGUGGCGAGCAGUGGCUUGAGUCAGAGGAUGAGGAGGGCUCUUUACGGAGCGCCAGUCGGCUCGCCCAGUGCGCUCUGGAGACGCUGUCCGAGGUGCUGAGCAAGCUCGGGCAGGAGCUGCAGCCCGACGACCCUGAGGACGUGAGCAGGCCCGAGGCCGCGGACGUGCUGCUCCUCAGUGUCGGGCAGGACGGCCCGACGAGUGAACUCGCGCAAGAGCACGUCUCAGCCCCAGAAACAAGCAGCCCCUCGUCGCCUCCGUCAGACCUCCCCCUGCCCGUGGUUGGCCUGGAUGCCGAGGGCACUUCUCCCGCUACUGGGACAUCCAGUGACAAAAACACUCAGAACAGACCUGAGGGUCUCUCAGACAUGACCAGGCCGAUCGACAGUGGGGACACGGUCCUGUCAGAACUGGCGGAGCCCCCACCCCAGGGCUGUGGCUCUGGAGCAGGACAGAUAGCCGAGCACAGUGCUGGCUGUGAGGCGGAGAGGACGUUUCAGUGUCAGAUCUCCACAGUGACCUCCGAAGUUAUAAAUGUGCUGAUAAAUAAGGACCAAAAUCUAGUCAUUGAAAAGGGGGACAACUGGACCAUCAUAAAUGGGGUGGCACUCGUGCCAGAUGGGGACCAGGUGAUCCUGUGUGACGCACCCGGAGACGCCCAAGGCUCCCCGGAGGGAGGAAGGCUGGCAGCUGGCCUCGUUUCCGCGGCUCCCGCGGAGAGAUCCCCAGACGCCGCUGACGCCGGCUCUCCGUUGCAGGAGCCCCCGUGCGGCGGCAGCCUCCCAUGUGCCCAAGAGGAGAGUCCCAGCAGUGGCCCGAGCUCCAACUUUGAUAAAAGCCGUCUGCGGAACAGGCCUGUGAAACCCAGUGUGAGGAUUAAUUCUGAAAUAUACGAUCAGGUCUUUGAGUCUCAGAUCGUUGCGUCUGAUCACACGUAUUAUAACUCGAAACUAGAACCAUUUGGCAAAACCAAGACUCGAUCGAAGAUUUCAAACAAAGAUCAGUCAAACAAACUGGCAAAGACUUCAGCGUCCAGCAGAGUUGAAAGUAAUCCGAGUGAAGUGUCCCGGUCACCUUCAGGGGACAGAGGUAACGCAAAAGCUCCGAGACACCCGCCUCAGCCCGUUCUCGCCAGCGCCGACACGUCUACUCCCACAGAUUAUUCUGCCGACACUCUGAGCCAAAUUCGGCAGGAGGUGGGGCCUCCCCUGCCGCCCCUGCUUGCUCCUUUGAUCGCCACGCCCCCCAGGACUUCGCGCCCCGUCUCCCCCCUGAUAUCCAGUUCCAGUCCCUCCUCACCCACCUCUCCUGCGGGCCGGCUCUCUCCAUUGUGCGACAUCCCAGUGCCGCCCAUGACGUCUUUGCUGGAAGACCCGGCACCCGUCUCCCCUCUGUGCACACCCCUGUCCCCGUCCGCCGUACCCACCGGGGAGAGGACGCUGUCCUCCCCUUUGCAGUUUUGUGCUGCGACCCCAAAGCACGCCCUUCCCGUGCCCGGCCGGCUGCCCCCCUGCGCGUCGGCCCACGCUGCCGUGGCCGGGCCCCAGGAGAACUCCGUGAAAAUCCUCGACACCAUGUACCCGGAGCUGUCAGCCAGAGCCCGCACCCUCAGUAUCCUCAAAGGUAAUAUUCAGCUGGCGCGGGGGACGCCUGCUGCCCGGCAGGAUUUGCCGGGGCCCGUCAGCGCCAUCACAGGGUUCAAAGCCAUCACGUCCACCUCCACCGCCUUUGUCAAAACGGGGGGCAGCUCUGGUGGUGACUGUAACCAGGAGAAGCCGAGAGACCUGGGGACACCACAGGAUUCAGGGGGUAAGAGGGCCCUGUCGGUGUGUACACUGAGGAGCGCUAAAAGGCUGCGCCUGGACAGCGGGUCCCCAGACCCGGAAACGGGGAGCGCCAACGCAGAAGGCAUCCACAAGCACCCCCGCAGGGACCUCCCUCAAGCUGAGGUCACAGCGACCGCUGAGGACCUGGCGUCUGUGCCGGCUGCUGGAGCAGCUUCCCACCCGUCCCCGAACCCCAGAGAAACUGUGGAGUCGCAUGACCAAGCCAUCGCUGACGCCCUGAAGAAGAUCGCGGGGUCCUGCUUUGACCUGCUGCCCGUCAUCCGCAGCCAUGUGUACGUGGGGAACAUCUCCAAAAAGCCUGUCCUGAGGGACGAGGAGAAGGAAGUCAUCUAUGAGUUCAGUACAGCAAAGAAGCACUUAGCAGAGUGCUUGCUUCACUCUAUUCUCUCAGAACUGAAACUUCAGAAAGGAUCUCUGGAGCCCAAUUACAUCCACGCUCUCUGCAGAGUGUACGUGGGCCUGUGCCGGCAGCUUGGCGACGUGGAGCGAGCACGCUUGUUCUGCUACAGCCUCCUUAAGGAAGAUUUCCCAGAGUCGGAAAAGCUGACUUUGUUCAUUGCAAACAUGUGGCACGACGUGUUUGUCUCGCAGUCGGUGAUCAGUAAGGCGAUGCAGCUAGUUGCCAGGCAGCGCGCUCGGGGCGAGGUGCUGAGCUGCCUGCGGGCUUUCCUCAGCUGGGAGAAGAAUGCUCCUGCGGACGUCGGCUUCAUGGUUUCCAAGCUGCUUUUGACCAUCCAGUUGUGUCCAAAAACGGAAUUCCAGCCGAGUGAGCGGUUCGGCGAGGACCUCAGUGAUAGCGCCUGGGAGUACAUCUUUGCCAUUGAGCUGCUCUGCUGCCAUCAGAAGUGGGUUUGGACGCAUGAUAACAUCAUAAGUAAGGAGCUGUGGCCGGUGAUGGACAAGUGGAUAAAAUACCGAAAAGGACACGCGAACAUCGCCUACACUCCUGACGUUAUUGUAGCGUCAGUACUGAGGCUCAUUGGUCGUUUAGGCCAAUUGGGUUUGAAGGAAGGCUUUCCAUCUGCUGUGAAAAACAUUAGUUCUGUCAUUGGUAUGUUCAUACAGCACGCCCGGGAUGAAGACAUACCGUGGGGCAUACAGCUGGCAGCCGUGUACGCUCUUUGUGACUUGAGUCCCAGCAAUCCAGCGGAAAUAUCCCAGAUCCUGGAAGCGUGGAGCAAACAGGCCUCUCACAGUGUCCCGUGUGCAGUGGUCAGCUCCCUGGAGGAAGUCAGCGCCUUGUGCGGGGACGGGCUCGGCUAAACCGCAGCCUGCACGGCGUCGCAGAAGUGCCUUCACAUGUCCUGAGUACAAACAGAUUAAUCAGCUGUCAGAAUGCAAACAGGUUCCGAGAGAGCGUGCCACGGGGCUCUUCCCGCUGGCAGGAGGCCGGAGGCGUAAGCAGUGGCGCGGCCGGCUCUAAACCACACGCAUGUCACAGCCGGUGUCGCGGGGCCCUGACCUGUGGUGUGUUACUGUGUCUCGGUCAGACAACAGACACUUGAACUUAGCCCUUUUUUGCUGCAGAAAGUGUCCUUUUAGCUUUUUAAAAUGAGUGGCAUUUUAUAAUGAAUUUAAUAUAAAAGCAUUGAUUUGGUUCCUGAGCUAAUUCUGGGCUUUGCGCUCAAAGGAAUGAAUAGGAAAAACUCAGUUAGCUAAAAGAGAAUUAGAUGACCCUCCCGCCACCUUAGCCAGAAACGGGCUGUGGAGGUGGCCAAGGGAGCACGCGCAGCUGGGGCAGAGCACAGCGGGACAGCCUCAGAAACUCAUGCUGGUGCGGUUUCCCCGCGCCAUUCAGCGCUGUGUCAGGAGGGGAGAGCGGCUGAGCAGCGCGGGCGGCCCUGGCGUGAGUGGCACAUGCGGACAGACCGAGCCAGUGGCCGAGCCCUGGGCCGUGUACAUACGGACAGUGCUACAAUGUGUUUCACAUUCAGUCAUAUUCCACUUCGGAAUUUUAGUAUUUGUACAGAGAAAAUGGGUUUCAUAACUCACCGUGGUUCUGAUUUGUCUUAUAUUCAUCAUUUCUUAAAACUCUUGUAUGUGUUUUUUAUAAUAAAAAAUAAAAGUAA